GAAAAAUACUCAAUUUCUUUUAAUUUGAAAUUUUAUCUAAUUGUAAACCGAAAACUUUAAAAAAAUAUCCAUAAUACCGAAAACAUAUUCGAAAUAUCCAAAUAUACCUAAUAAAUACAAUAUAUUUAUGAUUGGGUCUAGGGUAGGACCCAGACUUAAACAAAGACAUGCGUGUCCAAAAAAACCCAAUAGAUUAUCUUCUCUGGACCUGAACUAAACCUAUAUUUUCGGGUCGGUUCGGUUUGUUUUUUUUGAUCCGGAUAUAAUUUUCAUGCCUAAAAGAAACUUACAUAAAAGUGUACAUAUAAAGUCUCAAAUAAACUAAUUCGUAUAUUAUACAACUGUUAAAAAUUACAUUUUUCGGUAUAAUAAAACUUUGUAUUAUAAUAUAAUCCAAAAAUCCACGCUUUCUAAGCGCGGAUCAAAAUCUAGUUAUUAAAAUUAAUUAGUUAAAAAAUCAAAGUACUCUCGUAACAACACAACAACUACAAUUGAUUUGUGUAUUUUGGUUUGCAAAUAUUUGGGUAUAUUAUAUAUAUAUGUAUAUAUAUAAAGAAUCAUUUCAUAACGAUUUUGAUUAAAUUCUGUUGGUUUUUACUUCAGUUUGGGUAGUGAAGUUGGAGUCCGACUAAAAACCAAAAUGGCUAUAUGUUUGGUUACGGCUCGUUUGGUAAUUUAGGAUAUUUCGGGUAAAAUAUUGUGUAAUACAUGGUUAGUUUGGAUUAUUUUCUCUAUGCAUGCCUAAUAUUUGUAGAUUUAUGAAAUAUAUUUUGGCUAUUUUAAAUCUAAAUAUAGCUUAUAUUUUAAAAACAGAAUCAUAUUUUGGUUAUUCAGAUAACCAUUUGGUUUUCAGUUUGGUUUUGGUUUGAUUCGAACAUCCAAAAUGGUUUUAGAAAACUAUAUAUUUAUGAUAAUCCGGUUCAGUACUUCAUAAUUCUUUUCAGUUUGGUUUGAUUUUACGGUUAUUGUAAUUUGUCCAUGCCUGAUUUUAGCUUAGAUCAAGACUCCCUAUCUUCUUAUAUGUACAUAAUUCACUACCAAGUAGGAUGCAUAUCUCAUUUAUCAAUAUAUUUUUUGUUUUUAGCUUUUCAUGGCCUUGUUAUAUCCUCCUUUAAUAGAGUAAAUUAACUCAUUUCAUACAAAUUUAGGUUGUACAAAAUUUAAAUGAAUGAGAAACCUUUCAGUAUGUAAUGUGAAUCCAAAGCCAACACUGCACAUGACUGGUCUUUAUUCAACUUUGCUACAUAUGAAAAUAAAAUAAAAACUUUCAAGAAUUUCACGCUUGCACCCAAAGUAACUAAAGAAUGGCAUCUGCAUUUAUUGCGCCACAAAGGCGGUCAUGGUUUGCAAGAACCAUGUGACUAUAUUAAUUCUCUUCCACCUUUAUUUUCAAAUUUUAAUCAAUCCACUGGUGUGGCACAAAAAAAAACAAUCCUUGUGCUCAAAAAAAAAAAAAUCAGUCCUUCAGUAAUUUAUAACUACUGAUAAAAAUCAAUGACUUUUUUCUGACACAUUUUUUAAAGUUUUUUUUAAAAAAAACCUAGUUUUCGGUUACAGAUCAAAUCCGCCCCGCAAACCUCUGGAUUGAAUGAUUUUUUUUAUUCAAAAAUUUGAUCUGUUUGACCCACAAUAAGAAUAACAGGUGAUGUUUAUUAUAAUAAUAAAACUAUUAUUUUAAAUAUUUUAUGAAAAAUAAUAAUAAUAGUAAUAAUUGAUCUAUAAUUAAAAUUAAAUAAAUAAUUUUAAAUUAUUAUUAAAAUAUUAUUUUUUCUUAAAUUUUUUUUUUAAAAAAUUUUUGCAGGUUGGCGAAUAUUCGCGGUUGAAAUUUUACUGAUCCGUGGAUCAAAUGGAACGGACCCACGGAUAAUGAUUAAGUCCCCAUCACAUAGCUAAAGUAUAAAUAAUAAGAAAACAUAAUUGUGGUAAUUUUUGAAUUGAUUUGUUUGCUAUUUCUUGUCACGGGUCAUACUCAGUGUAUGUGUUUCCGACUUCUGUAAACUCUAAUAAAUGUGUUAAAUUCAAAACUUCAUUCCAUUUCAUUACUUUUGAAUUUGAAAAGUCCCUCCUUUCUUUAAUGCUACCGAUUUGUUUAGGUCAAACAUCGACCACUAUUGUUUACCGGUUGUUAGGGAAAUGAAGCAAUUACAUUGAAAUUGACUAUACAAUUACAUAGAGAUGGAAUUAUCUUAUUCCUCAGAUUUAUAGCAAAAGUAUAAACAGAGAUUUUAGAAGUGGAUACCAUUGUUAAGAAAUUAUAAAACUCAUCUUAAAGUAUGAAUUUUAAACUCAUGUUCAGGUUUGGAAUCGCAACUAGCAAACUUCUUUUGUCUAGUUUCGCCACUAAAAUUAACUAUAACUAAUGACCCAUGUACACAAAACUAUAUUGAGUUAAUGUAUUAAGAUAUAAAUUGAGAGGCCGUUGGACAAUAAUAAUAAAGAAUUGUGAUAUUCUUCAAUAAAUGUUAACCUAAUCAUGUGCACAAUUGUGGAGAAACUAGACAAAAAGUGUCAUUGAAAUGGAUUCUCUAAAAUGGGAAUAUUGAUCACACCCAAUUAUUUAGUAAAGAAAUCCAAUGUCUUUUGUUGUUUGCAUUUUCUUGUAUUUAUCCUCCACUUGUUUAACCCUACCUGAUCAUUUACAACACAUCAUCACCAUUAUGAUUAGUGGAAGCCCUUGUAAAAAUGGGCUUAUCCAGAGUCGAUAUCAUAAAUUAGUAAAACUUUGACUUUGUCCUUCAAAUUUAUAAAAAUUAAUAUACAAAGUUUUCUAACUUCCAAAUUAUAAGUUUUUUAAAAACCAUUUACACUAUAUACUUCUUAAAUUUUAACCUGCCGUUUAAUACCAAUGAACAUCCAACGUGUCAUGGAUCAGAACUAAACUACAAAUAUAGAAUUGAUUUGAUCUUUUUAGAAUUAUUAUUUCUUACCAAGGCUGUUUGCAGCUCAUAAAUAAAUAAACCAACAGAGUUAUUCCCAAAUAUAUUUUAUUAUACUUAAAGAGAAUAUUCUCUUUUUUAUUGUUUUAGCUCACAUUUUAUUCUCUCUCUCUUUUUUCUUGUAACUGAACAUUUGAUUCUCUUGCCAGCAAAUUAAGUAGCACUGUAAUAAUUUUGACUUUUUUUCGAAACACAACAAAAUUAAUAAUUUUGACUAGAAUUAAAAAAUCUGGCACAAUUAUGAAAUAUUGAUUAUUAACAUCCACUGAUCUGACCGCGCGUUGAAUAAAUUUAAUUAUUUAUAAUAAAAUUUAGUUUAUGAUGUAUAUAAUAUAUAGUUGUAGACAUAAAAUUUUUUAAACUAUGUUAAAUAUCUUAAUUUUUUAAUAAAUGUUAUAUAGUUUAAUUAUUUUAAACUGAUAUGAUGAAAUUUAUUUUCAGUUUAAAUAAAUAUAUUUUAUAUGUAUGAAUAUAAAAAAGAUUUAUGUUAUUAUAUUAAUAUAAUUUCCUCAUAUUUUGUUUCAUAUAUUACUUUUGUCUUAAAUGAAUAGAUUGCGAUUAUAAAAUAGCAUAUAUUUUUGUUGUUACUAAUUACGAAUUAAUGAAUUAUGGUAAAUAAUUUUUUUAUUUUUCUUAAUAAAUUUGUUAUAUUUUUUCAGCAGAUUAUAGCUAUUUAAAAAUAAAACAUAUUAUUAAUAUUUUUAAAAUUUUAAAAGAUAUUAUAAGUAAAUUAGUGAUAAAUGGAUUUAACAUUAUUCUUAAUGAAUAUCUAAGAAUUCACAUAUUUUAGUGGUAUAAAUCGUUAAUAAUACACAAUAUAUUUUCGUAGGUUCCUUUUUAAUAAGAUAGAUGAUUAAACAAAUAAACAAACGAAACAAGAGAAAAGCUUGGUUAGUAAAAUAAAAACAGAAGGUAGAAUUGUCUUUUUUUGAAACCAUACUUAUGCGGACGUGGAGCCUUCGCUUCAUCUUCCUAUCUCUUCAUAUAGUGAAAAAAUGAAGAUAAAUUCAAUGUUGUUUAGAUUUCAAUUCAUUUAAGACAAAAUCUCUGCAGAAACAUUGAAUCCGCUUGACAUCAGAGGAUCCCUAUCGUGUAAACUCAAGAAACCUCGACCAAGUCAUCAGAAGUUGGAUCUUGAGUUUGACUCGCUUUCUUUCUUUUUUUUCUCUCUCUCUCUUUCUUGUUGUCACUUGCAGGCGGUGCAAACAAUAAAGACUGUUCGUUGUGUUUGAUCGUAAUCUCUUCAUUUGAGUUCACAUUACAGAGUUUCUUGGGAAUUUUUUGAUAAAAUCUGACAAGCUUUGGUUCAGAGGAAGACGAUCUGUUGAAAAAGCUCCAGCUCUGAGUAUAAAACAAUGCCUGAAGGGAAAUUAAGAUCAGGAGUUUACAGAUCAUUCAUAAUGUGCGAUGAUCCAAGAGGAGUUGUUGAACGUGGCGCAAUCAAGAAACAGAGAUAUAAUAGCAUAUGUAGUGGUACUAACCAAAGAUUUGACCAUCCUUCCAAACCCAAAGAGAGAUCCGAAACGGCACCGAGGAAGAGCACAGAGGAUGCUCCUGCUCCUUCUUCUUCAUUGCAGCUCUUGAGAGUAUCCAAAGGGAUUCAGAAACUGAACGUUGCGAUUGAUUCAUAUUCCAAAGGGUCAAGCUAUGAGACUGUGAGGCCUGAGGAUAUAGCAAAAGGUUUGUUAAGAGGAGCGCUUGAUUUGGAGGAGUCUUUGGCUAUGCUUAGUAGUAUUCAAGAAGCUGAUAACAAGCAGAAAGGGAGGGUUAGUAAAGAUGGAAGUCGCGAUUUGCGGUUUCAGAGAUCGAUGUCUGAUAGAUUCGGGGAGCGUAUUGAGAAAAGGAUGAUGGUUCAAGAGAAUGCAGCAUCGAGAGAUUGUUAUGAUGAGCUAAGAAACGUGAUAAGAGAAAGCUUUCACAGGCAGAAUCUUCUUCCACAAACAAGUAAUACAGAGACUAAGAAGACUCGCGUUGCUAGAAGUGGUUUUGCUUCCUCAUCAACGAGCUCAAGCCAAUCUUCUAUGGUUUCUGGCUCCACAAAAUCGUCUGCGUCGUCUGAUGUUCCAAGGAGACCACCAAGUUUGAUUGCUAGGCUUAUGGGUUUGGAUGUAUCUCCUCAAGUACAGAACAUUAGCACGGUGAAACAUAUCGAUAAGCCAGUUAUUGUAAAUGUCUCACCAGAAAGACAAGAGAAGCUGCUGAAGAGGAAGAAGAAAGAGAGUCCUGAAACUGUUAGAUGCAACUCUACAAGAAAACCUGUUUUACACUCUUUGCCUGAAGAGAUUCCGAGUGAGAAUCCCUCAAGUAUAGUACUCAUCAAACCUGUGAAUGUUGUACAAGACGAAAAACCGGGCAACAAAAGACCGGUUUUACCGAAGAAACCGAGGAUGCAAGGAGAGGUUCAUCCAAGAAUGAUCAUCAACCAGAGAAAAGAUCAUCAAGCCAAGGGAGGGAGUAAAACAAGCAGCAGCAACACAAUGAAAUUACCAUCGAGUCCGACUAAGAAAGACAAAAUGGUGCGGAAAGUAGAAGAGAAUGAAGGUAAGGUGAUGAAGUUAUUGUCACCGAGCAAUGUCACAAGACAAGGAAAACCAAAGGAAAACAUCAAAAAGAUUUACGUGAAGAAGGAAGAUAUCAGUGAAGGUAAAGACAGACGUAGCGCUCUUAAGCCACCUGCCAAUCAUUCGACUCACAAGAAAUCAAAUGGUUCUUCAGAAAUGUCAAGAAACAAGAAUCAACGUUCCAGGUUGAGCUCAAGCUCAAGCUCUAGUAGUGAUGAGCAGAAAAGUAAUAGUCGGUUAAAGAAGCCUGGUGAAGCUAGUAAACGAAGUCCAAAGAAGAAACUCCAUCAACGAGACAAUUAUGACCUCGCUUCAGAGAAUAACUCAAGUUCUUCACAAGACACGCGUGUAUCAAUAAACCAACUUUCUGCAGAGGAAACCACUUCUUCAGAGCUUCACAUUCAAGGCCAUUGCGACAGCGGAGAAGUUACUUCUUGUGCUCCCACAAUUCAGCAAGAAACCUCUCUUAGAUCAUUCUUAUCCAACUCCUCAGAUUUCAUCAGCUACGCAGAGAAUCUUUUUGACUUCAAAACCAACACUAACAGGAGCCAAGAAAGAACCUGUCAGGAUAGAGACAGCAGUGUAAUCUCAGACCAAAGACUUGCACUAGACUUUGCCAAAGAAGUAGCCAGACGCAGAAGCCUUCUUCUCAUUACCGAACCAACUUGUCUCUUGAGAAGCUCUUUGCACAUUGAUGAGUUGUUAAUGGAAGUCUGUGAUGGGUUUGACUCCCUCAGAAGUUACAGAGACACGUUUUUAAAUCAGAGCAGCUUCGUUAAAGAGAGCAUACACAUGGCCUUGGAGAAGGAUCUAUAUAGUAAGAAAAAAGAGAUGACAAGCGGAGUUUGGGAUUUGGGUUGGAGAAGUGAGUUUCAGAUCGAUGAAACUCAUCAAGCUGUAGUUGACUUAGAGAAACUCAUCUUGUCUGGUUUGAUCCAAGAAAUUUUUUCUUAACCCCUUGAGCCAAUAUAACAAAAGUUUUCCUCUUUUUGUAAUCAGUUCUUUUGUAACCAAUUAUAUAUAACAAUAAUUGUAGCAAUGAGAUUAUAAACUUCAGAGUUAAAUUGUGCAGAAACA